AUGUCGCCGGGACUGCACCGCGUCUCCUUGUCUGCCACAGCCCGGGGAACCAGGGCCAGUCAGGAACCGGGCGAGGACCGGCGGCCAUCGCGGCCGGGGCUUAGAGUCCUGCGGCCCUUAACUGUGGCGCCGUCACCCGCCGAGUCCCGGAGCUCCAAGCCCACCCCAAGCCCAACCUCAGGACAGGCCGCCGCAGAGGACCGCGAAGACCGCGCCGCAGCCCCGGGCUGGCGCAGGGCCAGGGAGCUGCCAAUCAGGGAGCAGCAGGGCUACUACCAAGCCCGAUGGCGCCUAAUUCAAGCCCAGCGACUGCGCAGCUCCUUUGCGCAGAUCAUUGCUGCUGAAUGGGAAUGUGGUUUUAAGAUAAGCUGGGGACUGUUUCCAGGAUCCCCGCGGGCCGACCCCGGCAGCCCGGGAGCGGAGGUGCGGCGGAGAGCCCGUGGAUCAAAGGAAUCCGCAGAGAAAGGGGAAAGCGGGCAGACCGACGAGCCGGCCUUGCCCCCCGCGGGCCGCGCUGGCCCGGGUGGGGGCCGCGGGCGGGGACUCCGGGAUUUCCCGCCCGCCGGGCACCAGGCCUCCGCCGGCGCCCGCUUCGGGCAGCGCGGCCUGGAGGAACUCCAGAGUCCUGCUCCCAGCCCAGACCUAGCUGACAGCAUAAGUCCAGAGACAACUCCCCAGUGGACUUCCAGAGGAGGAGGCCCCACCUGGGCACCCGUCAACCCAUCCGGGGAUCCUGGAGACUCUGGGGUGAGGUGGAGGUGCAGAGCCAGAUUCCAGUCCAGGUGUGGUGGGCAGGUGGUCCCUGUAUGUGCCCCUCCUCUGCCUCUGGGUGUCCUGGCACAGCUCCGCGCAGAGAGCUGCAGGAGUCUAGGGCCACGCUGGGCGCGGGCUCUGCUCUCCCUGGGCAUGUUGAUGGACAUGCAAUCAACCUGCCUGUGGUUAUGUUGGCAAUUGAACUGGAGCAGAAAGUUAGGACAGAAACCAGGGCCUUUCAAGUGUCGACAGAUUCACCGAGCUGGUGCACCUGCGUGUGGGAGCCAUGCUCCGGACUCGCUGAGGGAGAGGCACGUCAGCUCCAGCCUGGGAGGACUGGCCCCUCCAGCCCUUUCCCGGAGCCCAGAGCCCAACAGCCACAUCUGGGCAGAGGCUGGGAUCCCUCCACUGCAGACGCUGGCUGGCGGCUCCACGUCUCUAUGCUAGACUCAGUCUGAUGCUGCAGAACCCUGAGGAGGAUGCGGGCCACCCCCUGCAGUGCGUUGCGGGGGAUCCAUGCUCUUCGGGAAUGGUGGUGCUUAGCAAACCUGCCUGCCGCCGGGGGGUCUGAAACAGUCAGACAGGGCCUGUGCGCCCGGGACCGGAGCAUCCUCUAAGCUCCAGGCCUGGACAGGUAGGUUUUGUCUGCUUUUUUGCAGGACUGGGGGUGGAACCGGCCCUUGAGUGUGCUGGACAAGAACCCCUCCACUGAACUACAUCCAGAGCUCCCCUGCUCCUUGCACAUAUUUCAUUUUGAAAUAGGGUCUCGCUCAGUUGCCCAGACUGGCUUGAGCUUGGGCCCUCCUGCCUCAGCCUCCUGAGUAGCUAGGAUGACAGCUGUGGCCACUGUGCCAGCUCCAGGACAGGUUUUACAUGGCUGGAUGCCUGGCGGAACCUGAGCAGUGGUCCCCAAGUGGGGAUGCCUGGGGGCACCAGCUGAGGUGGGGGACUCAAGUUCAGCCUUCGUCAUACACGUGGGAACCUGAGCCUGGGAGGUCCUCAAUACUGCUCAGGCCACAGAGCUCUCACACUUGAGGACAGCCCUGAGACUGACACGCCCAGCUGACCCCCGCCAGCCAGCACACUUCCAGAGGCGCCCCAAGCCAGCAGUCCCCGGCUACUGUGGAGUGAGCAGACAGUCCCUGAGUGGGGUCCUACGGUCCUGCUGAGCACCUCAUCUGGGGUGAGCUCAUCUCCAGAGCCCUUUGGGGCCACUAUGGCCAACAGUCCUUUUAUCACCUCUGCCUGUGGCUGCCGGCUCUGCCCCUCGGUCCCAACUCCAACCUCCCAGGGUCCUGGAAGGCAGCAGCUGCAAGCCCUGGGGUCUGUUACAAACAGCUCCAUCCCACUGUUUCUGUGUCUGUCUCCCACAAGAUGGUCGAAGUGCCAGCUCCCGUGCCUGUGACUCAGUCUUACUUGGAGACAGGCCUCUGGAGUGUGAGUGGGCUAGGGUGACCUCACUGCCCGUGGUGAGGCUGGUCACUGAACUGGUCCACACGGAUAGUGUUGGAACCCCUGCCCCGUCAGCGACAGGGAAGAGCAGUUUGCACCCAGAGAAGGGAGAGGCUGUGGAAGAGGGAGGCAGAGACAGAGCAAUGCGUCUGCAGCCGAAGAUCCCAGCACUGCCAGCAUCCAGAAGCUAGACAGACUGGACCCCAGGAGCCCACCCUGCCCACCCCUGGGUUUCCAGAGCCAGGAGAAAAUACAUGUCUGGAAAUACAUGUUGUUCCAGCCCCAGGUUUGUGGUCAUCAGUUACAGUGACCCAAGGAAGGUCACACCACCUCCUCCCUGCUCCAGGGACCAGCCUCGUGGGCACUUGGGUGGUGGUGACUGGCAGGAAGUGUUGGAGCUGAGUGCUCAGGAAGCGACCUCACGACCAGGAAGCUUCCAGUAUGGAAAGGAGAAGUUUGGAAUCAACUCCAAUGUGCUGGGCUAUGGCUGCAGUGUUGGUGUGAACACAGUUUCCCAGUAUAGACAGAUCCAGGAACGGAUGUGGGGAAUCCAGCUCCAUUCCAGAGAUAGCAGAGCACACCCAGAGCCCAGGUCCUGGCUCCUAAGUCCUGCCUCCACUCCCCAGAGCAAGGGCCACUCUGGAAAAGCCGAGCCCAGGGCUGGGGCAGUGCAUGUUCAUUCUGAGCCUGGCAUGGCUGGUUGUGCUCAGGAAGUGCUGGAGAGCGACAGGGAAGACAGGAACAACAGGGACGUUGGAGAGGCGGAAGACGGUCAGAGGGCUUCCCUCGGGCCAGACCUGGGACAAGCUGAGCAACACAAUGUAGUAAUGGAUUGCUAUCUUUAUUUGCGACAUAAAUAAUUCAUGAUAAAGAUAAAUGAUUGAAUACGUGAAUGGGGGAAAGCUGCCUCUUAAAUGUGGAAGGAACAGUGGGAUCAGAAAACUUCCAUUUGGCAACCGGCGUAUUAAUAAUUGAUUCAGGGAGGAAUCAACAGCGGAUGCUCCAACUGCUGGUGAAAGGUCGAAGGAAACAGGCUAUUUACUUAGCCUCCACGAAUCUGCUCUCAGAGCGUUUGCUAAUUAUUACUUAGUAAUUAGUAAGUUCAAAAUACUAAUUAAUUAACUGCACCAUGGAGGAACCUGGCAGAUGUCACCUUAAGCCAACUGACGAAUAACAUCACCAGCUGGGUUUGCUGGGCGCUGCUGUCCUCAGUUUCCCCAUCUGCUAAGACAUGCUUUGCUGGCUUCUGCUUCCUCCCAGAAUUACAAGCCACUGACCCCAACUAUCCAAUCAAGUGUGGAACCAAAUAUUUGAAGGACAAAGUCACAAAGAAAGAUUUGAAUUCCACAUUGGAGGACAGGAGAGAUUCAUGACAACAGACGGACACGGAGACUGGGAUGGGUUCUGGACCCACAAGAGAAUUCCCAGGGCAGUUCAUGUAAUGAUUCGGGUCUGUGGUUCACAGUGGUGUCCUAGCAACAGCAAGGUCUGACGUUGAUGGUCAUGCUGCUGAUGACGUAGGACCUGGUCAGCGCUCUGGGAGACACUGUCUCGAGUCACAGUGGGCAUCUUGUCGGCCACUUACUCUUAAAUGGUUCAAAGAGCAGGGUAAGAAAGUGUGAUGCAGUUUAACUCUGGGGCAUUGGGGCCACAAGGUUCAGCACUCUUUGCAUUACCAACAACUUUUCUAUGCUUUGGAAGUUAUUCAACAGCUAAAAACAAAACCUGGAUCAGAAUAUGAAAAGACAAGCUGCAGACUAGGAGAAGGUAUCCGGAAACCACUUCAGACCAAGGGCUAGUAUCCAAAAUACACGAAGAAUUCUUACAGCUCCAUGGUAAAAAAGCAAACAAUUUGGUUAGAAAAUGAGCAAAGACGUGAGCAAACAUUUCAUUAGCAAGGUUAUACAGAUGGCAAAUAAGCACUAGAAAGGAUGCUCAACAUCAUCAGUUGUCAGAAAAAUGCAAAUUGAAACCACAGCGCCAUGUGGGUACACACCUAUCAGAAUGGCUAAAACGAAGAAUAGUCACAAAACCCAUUGCUGUGGAGGACGUGGAGAAACUGAACCAGUCUUGCACUGCUGGUGGGAAGGCAACAUGCUGCCAUCUCUCCGGAAAACAGUUUAGCAGCUUCCUAAAAAACAAACACAACCUCAAAUUGCAUUCCUGGGAAUUUAUCUCAGAAAAGUGAAGUUCACACAGUAUCUCUAACAAAACAUCCACGGCAGCUUCAUCUUAGCUGAACAGGGGCAACAACCCAGAUGACUUUCUGUGGGUGAAUGGUUGAAGAACCUCCACAGCUCCAUGCUGUUCAGCUGCAACUGGGGUGCAUCUUAGCCUGUGUGAGGCCCAGGGUGCCAUCCCCAGCGUGGCCCAGAAGAAGGAGGAGGAGGCUGGGCUUGGCAACACAGGCCUGUAAUGCCAGCAACUCAAGAGGCUGAGGAGGAAGAUCACAAGUUACUGACCAGCCUCAGCAACUAAGUGAGACCCUCAGCAACUUAGGGAGACCAUGUCUCAAAAUAAAAGUAAGUAAACAAAAAUGGGGAUGUAAUUUGGCAAUAAAGCAUCCCUGGAAUCAAUCCUUAGGAAAAAAAGAAAGAAAGAAAGAAAGAAAAAACAGAGAGAAGGAGGAAGGAGGAAUUGACAGAACCUAGAUGAACCUCCAGACACCAAGAAGAAAAGCCAGUCCCCAAAGGUCACAUACUGAAUGAGGUCAUUUGUGUAACAUCCUUGAAAUGACAUGUCAUAGAUAUGGAGAAAAGAGCAGGGGGUCUUCAGGGGCUGAGGAGGGAUGGGGAGUGGAUGAGGCUGCAGGGACAAUAGAGGAAACUCCCAUCCUAGCUGGACCCACAUCAGCCGCCUGCUGUGAUGGUCUUGUGUGAUCUCAGGAUGUACCUUAGGGAAAGCCGGUGAAGGGUCUGUGGAGUCUCUUCAUCUAACUUCUGACACCCCAUGUGCAUGUACCAUCAUUUCAAAAUAAAAGGCUUAACAGAAAAAGAAUCCUAGCAUGUUUGUGCACACACACAUCAUGUAUGUGUGAUUUUAUGUAAUUGCUGAAUACCCGCUGCUGUAUUUGUUACAUUCAUUGGCACACACUUUAGAAGUGUAAGUGAAUUUAAAAUUGUAAGAGUCGGGGCUGGGGAGAUAGCUCAGCUGAUAGAGUGCUUGCCUCACAAGCACAAGGCCCUGAGUUCAAUACCCAGUACCACAAAAAUAAAUAAUUAAAUAAAUAAAAAUAAAAUAAAAUUGUAAGAGUCUCUAAACUGGAAGUUCCGGGGGCCGGCACUCUGCAUUCAGCAAGUCCCCAGGUCUGUUUGUCACUGGAGGCCCAGGAGAACUGCAGGCCUAUAGAGAAGACAAGCCUCUGCUCCAACCCUGGCCUCUGCUGAGCCCUGCCCUUUGCCACUUCUCUCUGGUCCUAGGGAAUGGCUGAGCCCUGCACAGCACCAGUGCAGGAGUCUAGAAGCCAAAGCUGGGCACUGCCCUCAAGCUGUCACAGCCUGUUAGACAAGGCUAACGUGGUCUAGGGCCCAGACUCAGGGGACCACAGUCCGGCUGCACGCUCCUGCGUCGCCCCACCUCACGCUUCACUGACCCCAGGCUGCCUCUCCUCUAGCGGAAGCCCUGUGCACACUGAUCUCGCCAGCGCCCCACCCAGCCAGGCCCGGGGUCCACCCUGCCUGGACUCAGUUUCUGUGAGCAAGUGAGCAGAGGCCCAGUGUGGAGGAGGCCACUGCCACCACACCCCGUGGCUUCUGACCCACACACCUGGACCACCGAGGGGUGGGAACACGGGCAAGUUCCACUGGUGUUGUGCAGAGUCAGGGUCCCCCAGGAACCCGCAUGGGAGGCGUUCAGGGAAACACCCUGCGAGCCUGCUGGGCCCCCACUUAAGUGGCCUCUUGCCCUGGCCAGGAAUCAGGGUUUAAAACGGGUGUUCCAAGAGAUGACCCUGCACAGGGACAGAAAUCCCUUGCCCCUGGGAUUCUGACCAAGGGAAAAGAAUUUGGAAAACAUUUCCCUCAAGUGGCAGUUUGGAAAUAAAACGGGUUCACCGAUUCUUUGGCACUCUUCCCACCGGGUGGGUCUGCAACCCUCCCUCACAUCGGGGCUGGGGCCCCAGCUAAAAGCUGACACCAAGUGUCAGACACAUGAGGGAAGGAGUUUCCCGAGGACUCCAACCCCAGGCCACUGAGUCCUUGCUGGUGGCUGAGACCUCCUAGCAGAUGGGGCAAAGAGAGCCGUCCCUGCUGGGCCCCGUCCAAGCUGCUGACCACAUAAUGCGUAAGCACAAUAAAGUGACGGCUGGGCUACCAGCUCCGUUAUUCAGCAUUAGUGGCUAGAACACUGAAAGUGCCUCCCGUGUGCCACCAGCAGGAUGGCCCUGGGCUCCUGCCACUUGAUUUCAGGAGUGAGCCUGCUUCCUUCCUGCUGGACACCAGGAUGGGCAGCUCCGGGACCCCUGACCUCAGAGCCAACCGGGAGGCUUCCCGCUAACUUCAAGAGUCCUGGCAGUUGUGUUGGACACCUGGUGUCCAAGUGGGCAGUGACCAAAGGACAAGGAGGGCGCCAAAGAGGCUGUGACUGGGGGCACAGUGGUGCGGCGGCAGGUCCCACCCCGGGCAGGCGGUCAUCCAGAGGGAGCAUGCAGGGAAGAGAGAGGGCACUGGUCUGCCAGUGGUGGGCUGGGAGGCGUCCCUCCAGGAGGUCAAAGGGAGCGAGGGGCCGCGCCAGGGCCACGGCUGCCAGCAGGUGGAAGUGCAGCUCUGGGAGGUGACUCCGAGGGAUGAGGUCGCUGGGCGGGCCCGGGCAGCCUCAGUGGCUCCACAGAAGAGGAAGGAGCCCCGCCCGCCGGCAGAGCUGUGUUCUCCACGAGGCCCUCGCGCGUGUUUCCAGCCCAAACAUCUUUCAUCAUGUCAUCCUCACAUGCCGCAGGGCUGUUCCUCCGGCCGCUUGCAAAGCAAGGGGGUUGUGAUGCCCGAGCCGCUAGCCAGCAACCUCCACGCUGCAGGGCUGCUCUGAGGUGGUGGUGCCCGUGGUGCCCGCGGUGCCCGCAGAGAGCAGGGCUCAGCAGGCGGCUGGCGAGGAAACCAGAGAGCCCGUGGUCUCGGGCGUGUAGGAUCAGAAUUUAGAAUCUGCCUCCAACCCUGUGGUAAAUUUUCUCAAGCACAAUAUUUUGACUACAAUGCACGAUCAAUAACAACUAGUGUAUUAACGUUAUUGUUUUUCAGACUGGAAAAAUGUUUACUAAACUGUCACAAAGAAAUGAUGUGCCUCUGUUUGGACUAUUUGAUUUUAACAUCUACUUAUGAGUAUCCCAUGCACCCUAGUCUUGCACCAAAGUUAUGUAUUCGUACUAAAUUACUACUAGCACAGUUAAACAAAAUAAACAAAAAGCUUCACAUAAUGUUCACACUCCACUUUUUUGCAAAAAUAUUUGACAUAAAAUCUGUGAUGAUUAUGUGGUAAAAUAUGGUUUGCUCUUGGACUUCUCAGCCUCCAGAACCUGGAGCGAAAUACACCAUUUUCUUUAUAAA